UUCAAUGACAAAGAAAGAAAAGAAAAACGGUUGAGCUGAGACGAGGCAGACAUUUUUGAAGCGCGGAUCCUCAGAGCUGCUCAGCUCUCAUCGUCUGCAGACCAACAGACAGAAUAAUCUGAUCAGUUGUUGCUGUGACAGCAGACUGCAAAAUUCCUGCAGCUCCUUCGGACCAAAGACUGAGUCUGCAGAGAAAACCUGAACACGUCCAGUUUGGAUCCACUUUGAUGAAAAUGACCUCACAUCCAAAACACAAAGAGAGCAAAGAGUUCAUUUAUCCUUCAUCAACGAGCAGUGCAGAGACUGAAGAGGAAUCAUCUCGACAUGAGAAGCUCGUUGCACCAGGACACACUGGGGCAACAAACAUCACAUCCAGAUACAAGAACAUCAUCUCUAAAAGUACUCUGAAGUCAUCAGGACAUCCUGUUGUCUACCAGCUGAGACCAAAGAAAGAGGAGUUUGAAACUCUGACAAGGAUGACUGUUGGUGAAAAAAAUCUGAACAGGACAAAUAAAACCAUCUUACUUGUGGGUGAAACAGGAGCAGGAAAGUCUACUCUGAUCAACGCUCUGUUCAACUACACCAUGGGAGUGAAGUGGGAGGAUGGAGUCUGGUUUCAGAUCGUAGAGGAGAAGAGAGCACCAAUAGAGAAUCAGACAGACAGUCUGACAUCAGAUGUAAUUGUGUAUGAGAUCUUUGAUUUUGAAGAUAGAAUUCUGCCCUACUCUCUGACCAUCAUCGAUACUCCUGGAUUUGGAAGCACCAGAGAAACUAAACAUGAUGACAUCAUCAGUCAAAGACUGAGGGACUUGUUUCAAUCAGAGGAAGGAGUUUAUGAAGUCCAUGCAGUGGGUCUGGUGAUGAUUGCAGCAGGUAAUCGACUGAGUGAUCGACUAAGGUACAUCUUUGAUUCAGUGAUGUCUCUGUUUGGAAUCAACAUGGAGAAAAUCAUCGUAGCUCUCAUCACACACUCAGAUGGAAAAACACCUGAAAAUGCUCUCAAAGCUCUCGAAGCUGCAAACAUCAAAUGUGCCAAAAAUGAGAAGAACGAGCCUGUUCACUUCCUGUUUGAUAACCAACAGAACACAGAGAGAACAGAGGAAAAUGAAUCUGUUUUGGAGGCAGCAUGGAGAGUAUCAGAGAGAGGAAUGGGUCAGUUCACAAACUUUCUGAAAAGAUCUGAAUCUCAAAAACUGAAGAAGACAGCUGAAGUGUUGAAUGAACGAAUCAGACUGAAAGCCUGCAUCCAAAACCUGACAGAGAGAGUCGAGCUGGCUGAAGGGAAACAGACAGAAAUCAGACAGAUUCAAGAUGCUUUGAAGAAACACGAAGAAGAGAUGAAGAACAAUGAGAAGUUCACUGUAGAAGUUGAUGAGGUCUUUAAUGGUAAACAGCCCAUUGAUGGUGGGAUGUGGGGGUUGUUUUUUUAUCAAGGAGCUGUCUGCUGUAAAGUCUGUGAGGAGAACUGUCACUAUCCUGGAUGCACAAAGGCCUGGUAUCCAGAACACUGUCAGGUUAUCAAAGAUGGUCACUGCAGUGUCUGUACUGGGAAGUGUCCUCCAGCAGAUCAUGUGAAAGAAAAGUGGAUCUAUGUGUCCAAGACAAGGAGAGUUGAGAAGACUGUGGAAGAAAUGAAAGAGAAGUUUGAGAAGAAUAAAUCAGAAUGUGAGAACAAGUCGAGUCUUUUGGAACAUCUUGCAGAGGAAAUGAACCAACUGAGAGCAGAGAAGAAACAGUUCCUGGAUGAGUCCUACCAACAUGUUAUCAAACUGGAGCAGAUCGCCCUGAAAGCUGAUUCAGCGUCCACUAUUGUCCACCUGGAGUUCCUGAUUGAGAAGAUGAAGGAGGAAGGAGACAGAGAGAAGGUCCAGAAGCUGGAGGAGAUGAGAAGCAGAGUGGAUGAAAGAACCAGAGCAGCUCUACAAGAUAUGUUUGGCAAACUGUUUAAGAAAUGAUCAUCACUGUGGAAAUAUAAACAGCUAGAGUGGAAACAUUAAAGACUCAGUGGGAAGCUAAAUGGUUAACUGGCUGAUCCUUAUAAAGUGCUUUUCUACUCAGUUCAAGCACUUGAAGCUCUUUCUUACUACAAACCACACUCACACAUUCACACACACUCAUACAAGUGCUUUUUUCUAUAUUAACCUAAUGUUCACACUCACACUUUGAUGGUUGCAUCAGGAGCAAAUUGGAAUUCAGUAUUUUGCCCAAAGAUACUUCAACACGUGGGUUGAAGCAGCCAGGGAUCGAACCACUGAACCUUCCAAUUGGUAGGACCCUGUUUCAGAAUCCUUUGUAUUUAAAAUUGACACCAUUAUAUUAGGAAAACCUGCCACUGGCCUCAUUGCAUUUGAAAACAUACGUGUUAUAAUUCUAGUCAUUUUAUAUUUUUGUUUUCAAUCUUUUUCUCCUUUGUUUGAAGUGUGGCUUUGGAAAUAAAAAUAAAAUCCUUCAACAGCGGUUAUGAACA